AUGAAUAUUGGGGGAGUUCAAAUAUACUUCAUUAAGAUCUUUAGACGUGGCUUCGCUGUUAUUUCUAACAAGCCUUACAAAGUUUCUAUAUUUGAUUCAUGGAACACAUGUCAACAUACUGACGGAAAUCAGCCAGAUUUUCGUAAUGUCCCAACAGUGUCCGCUAUACUAAGUAAAACAGCACCCUUGGAAAGUACAAUUGCACUCCGAAAAUGGCAGGAUAAAAAGAAAAAUGAACUUGGCGAAGAUGGGUUUCAGGAGUACAUGAGAGAACUUCAGCUUUUAGGAAAAAGUGUUCAUUCCAGUGUAGAAGCACGACUUAUAAAGGGCAAGUUUCCUUCUAAUCUACCUGAAAAUGUUUCCAAAUAUUGUGAAAGUCUAAAAUAUAUCUUGGAUGAUUUAAAGUCUUCUGCAGUAGAAACUAACUGCUUCCAUCCUCAGCUUUUGUAUCGCGGGAGGUUUGAUAGUAUAGUGUUUUCAAAAGAUAUAAACGAACCUAUUUUGACUGAAUGGAAAACAGUACACGAAUCCAAAAGAAUAUUGACUAUUGAGCAGGCUUAUGAUAGUCCAUUACAAGUUGCCGCGUAUAUUGGAGCUUAUAACUUUACUCGUUAUCCUGAAUCUUUGCCUGUCAAAAAAGGAAUGCUGGUGUAUUCUUAUGGUGAUGGUUAUCCAGCUGCUCGGUUUGUUUUAAACGAAACUAACUUGUUACAUUACUGGGAGUUGUGGUGUGAACGUGUUCAAGCUUAUUAUGAUCAGGUUCAUGUUUAUUUUUCGGAAAUUAAUAUCUUUUUCGACAAUCUUUUUGUGAUAAUGUGCCGUAUUAGUUAUUUUACGUAUGUUAUCAAUCCGCGGUAA